AUGUCUAAUCCAGAGAUCAUUAUUGUUCGAAUUCAGGGUUUUGACAAGAAAGUGAGUGAUGCUGAGAUAAAGAAGCUUUGCGACAAGUAUAAGCCGAUCUCGUACGGCAUUUCUCGGUUCGAAAGAAACACUGAUUUGGGCUUUUUUCAAGUUGAGACGAAGACUGAAGAAGAUGCUGCGAAGCUCAUAACUGCGAAGAACAACACAAAGUGGGACAAACUCAAAAUGUCAGCAAAGUAUCUUAAAACUGACACAUCAAAGAAAAUUGUUAUCUUUGGGUUUCAUGGUCUGAACAAAACUGAAAAAGAAGUGCGUGAGUAUUUAAAAGAUUUUUCAGUGAAGAAAGUCGAGAAGAUGAUUGAAAAGAAAGGCGAAUUGAAUUCGUCGUAUGUGAGUGUAUUUGUGAAGGACAUCGCAACAGCAGAGAACAUGAUCGACGACUUAAAUAACACCGAAUAUGGUAAAAAGGAGAUCACAGUCGUCGCCUGUCAUGAAAAUGGCAAACGCUUCAAACCGUGUUUCGUAUGUGGAAAACUCGGCCACAACACAAAUAAAUGUCCACAAAAAGAAAAAGAACAACAGAACGACGAAAAUGAGAAAAAAUCCGAAACUGGCAAAAAGGGUGGAAAAAAAAGAGAAGAAUUUCUCCAACAGAAACCUCCAAGAAAUAAUAAAAACCUGAAAAAUUAA